AUCCCGGCGGGGCGGAGCGCGGUGACGCGGCGAGAUGGCACCGGAAGCAGCGGCGGCCGCGGCAGCAUGGGGAAGCAGAAGAAGGCGCGGAAGUACGCGGUCAUGAAGCGCAUGAUCAGCCUCCGGGACCAGCGCAUUAACGAGAAGGAGCGGGCGAAAGCCCCCGUGAAGAAGAAGGAGGACCCGAGUGCCAUCAAGGAGCGGGAGGUCCCGCAGCAUCCCUCUUGCUUGUUCUUCCAAUAUAAUACACAGUUGGGCCCGCCUUAUCACAUCCUGGUUGACACAAACUUCAUCAACUUCUCCAUCAAGGCCAAGCUGGACCUAGUGCAGUCAAUGAUGGAUUGUCUCUAUGCCAAGUGUAUUCCAUGUAUCACAGAUUGUGUAAUGGGUGAAAUUGAGAAGUUAGGACAGAAGUACCGUGUGGCAUUAAGAAUUGCCAAGGACCCUCGGUUUGAACGCUUGCCAUGUAUGCACAAAGGAACCUACGCAGAUGACUGCUUGGUACAGAGGGUCACUCAGCACAAAUGUUACAUUGUGGCCACAGUGGAUAAAGAGCUCAAGCGGAGAAUACGAAAAAUCCCAGGCGUGCCUAUAAUGUAUAUUUCCAGGCACAGAUACAAUAUUGAGAGGAUGCCAGAUGACUACGGAGCUCCUCGCUUCUAACCUGUCCAGCCAAGCCAUCAAUGCCAGGGCUCUGAGCCAGGAUAAGGGUUCUUCUGGUUCCAAGCCUCUUGCUUUUUUUUUUUUGCUGGGACUCUACUCAUAGGACUGUGGGUUACAUUGGACUGACUUCAUAUCCUUGAUCUUCUAAGAAAAAGCUACUUGGAAGAGUCUGGUUUUAUUCAUCCUUGUUCUGACUUGCACUGAUUACCUGUGGCUGGGAGAAGCAUAUGGGAAAUAGAGGACGGCAGUGCCCAGAACAUGCCUCACUCCCUCUUCACUGGAAUCAAUGGAAAAAGUGAUUUUCCAAAUUAAACAUUGGUGAUGCAAGUCUGGCUGAGAAUGCUGCACCUACAGCAGGACAAGUAUUCUUCUGGGAAAUUCCCUCUCCCAUGAGCAAAUCAGAACCUGCAUUCUGGAGAAAAGUCAUCAAAUCUGCACCAGUUGGCAUGCCUGCUCUGCACCAGCGGUCUAGAAGAUUUUAUUUCAGAAUUGGUGGGCUUUUAUUCAGCUGUACAAUGAAUGAAGUUUGGUUAAGUGUCCUGCUCAGUCAGAUUUCUGUGUCUGUAUUGGGUUAGCUGGCAGCCCAGUCGGUCCUUUUGCUUACAUGUAGUGUGGUGGCAGGACAGUAGGGUUGGGUCAGACCUCUCUUGUUUGAUUGGCCCCUAUCCACCUAAAAGCCUUAUCCCUUUUUGUUAGGAGUCAGGGAAGAGGAGGAAGGUAUCAAACUGUGAUAGGAAGGUGUCAAACUGGGAAAGGUAUUAAUGUGGGCUCGGAGAAAAGUCAGUGGGGAAAAUUGCAGCAAUGGCUGCAGAUCAAGAGUCUCAGAGAGACCUGCAGCCUUUGCUACAGGGGAGGAAAUGGCCAGAGGAGGGAGGAAAAAGAGAUAAUUAAGCCACAUGGAGAAAUGCAGGGGAAAAUAUUUUAAAGCCAUAACUCUGCAUUCUCAUAUCUUCUCCAUUACUAUUCAGUUUUUAGUGACAUAAUUUGCUCUUCUGAUCUCUGCUCUGUGGUGAGAACUGUCUCAAACUGAGAGACGAGACAAUAUGAGGGUCACCAGGGGCCAACAAGCUGAAGCGUGCUUCCUGGGCAAAAUGCUGGGGUAAAGGUAUAGUGAAGAGGGAGACUGAAAAUUUAUAUUCUUGGUGUAAUUAAGAAAAUGUUCAAACUUUAAUACAGACUUUAUCCUGUGGUGCCUUGCACUGGUUUGGCUUUUGCAGAGAAUAGCUGAACUCAGCUGGCUGUGUGCUGGACAGCAUACAAGGAAGAUAAUACCCUUCCUCCGCUAAUCAUUUCCUGUCCUUGGGAAAUGCCCUGAUAUGCUAGUAACUUUGCUAGCACCCUGCCUCUGCAGAUACUGCAGGAAACUUUGGGAACACAUCAGACUUAGCCCUUGUACUAUCUUUUUGCUUGCUGCAAGCUCACCUACUAAACAUCCCUGAAAUAACCCAACUCAUCCCUGAAAUAACAGCAUACUGGCACUUUCAAAACAUAGUCCCUUCCAAGCCGUCACAACUGAAGUUUAUCUUCACCACCUCCAGCCAGAAAGAGGGUAUAAACUGUGGGUAGGAAUCAAAGUAAAUGUGCCCAUUUAGUGAAGUUUUUUACUCCUUAAAUUAAUGUUCCUUGUAAUCUGCCUAGUUCUGGAGGAACUAGGAAGAACCUGGAAUAGGCAUAAGGCAAUUGCUGAAGAAGUGUUAAGAGGGUUGGAGGAUGAGCAGCAGGGAGAAAGUAUUGGCAGUGAGCAAAACUCAUCAGGAAAUUUUUAUUAACUGAGUGUAAUCUGCAAGACAAGAAAAAUGGGGUUAUUAACUAAAAGAACCUCGUCAGAACAGGAGAGGACCACCUGAGUAAUCAGCUGCAGCCCCUACAGUCCCAGGAACCUGUGUACCACACGCUUGGUUCAGAGGAAAAUAAUUACUCCAUGCACGCCAUGGCAUCCCAACCUCAGAUCCAGUUUACAGUGUGUCAAAGGAGGAAAGAUCAUUAUGACAGGAAAGACUUUUGUAAGCGAGAAUGUUUUCAUGUUCCUAUGAAUGCAAAACUCUGCCAGUCCAAACCAGAAUUCCUUCCUGACCCAACUCUGGCAGUUUUAAACCUGCACACGAGUUAGAUAUCAAACAGAUGCCUGCGAUGUUUCUCAGAAACUCUAGGGAAUCCAGCCUCCCCCCUAACAUCCUGUCUCUUGCUGUAGCCAGUUUCUAUAUUUCUCAAAGACAGAGAACAAUCAGAAAAGCCACAAAAGGAGGUCUGAAGUAAUGCAAAGAAUGGGAGAAAGGGGUUUCUGCUCCUUUCUGGGGGGCCACCAGAAAGCCCAAGACACUGCAGUGUUACCACCAAAUGACGUGAAAAAACUUAAGCUGCUGAUCCAAGAUCUGACACUGGUAAAUGGAUAACUGAAACAUGGUAGAAUAGCAUUUAGAAGCAGAAAUAGCACGAGCUAUUAAAAAUACGAACUAAA